CGGCCGGGGUGUGAGCGGGAAUGUCGGGCGCUGUUCGAGACAAAGUGAUGGACUGUGCUGCAUGUUAACGGAGUCAAGGGAGAUAGGGGGCUGCAGGACAAGAGAGCGGCGCUGAGAAUUUCUCGUAUUAUUUACCCUCAAGAUGUCUGGAAAAAGGCUAGCAAGUUCAAGUGCAAGUUGUAAACCUAAACGACCACGUAAAGGAAUUUCACUGGAUAUAAAACUCAAUAUUUUACAAAGGUUUGAUGCUGGAGAAAAACUUAGUGCAAUUGCUAAAACUUUGGGGCUUGCUACAUCUACAGUGGCAACAAUAAGGGACAACAGAGACAAAAUUCAGGCAAGUGCUCAAAUUGCUACACCAUUAAGUGCUCGAACACUCUAUUUUCACCGUAGUGAAGUGAUGCUUAAUAUGGAAAGACUCCUGAGUUUGUGGAUAAAAGACCAGACACAGGAUAAUGUGCCAUUAAGUACAAAUGUUAUUCAAGCUAAGGCCAAGAGCUUAUACGAUGAAUUGUUGAAAGAAGAGGGUAGUGCUGCACAAGGAAAACCUUUCCUGGCAAGUAAAGGUUGGUUUGACAGGUUUCGGAAGCGAUUUAACUUGCAUAAAGUGCAAAGUACUGAUGUUGAGACUGCGAUAAAUUAUCCUAGUGAUUUGAAGAAAGUCAUUGAUGAAGGAGAAUAUAUGCCAGAACAGGUAUUUAAUGUAGAUGAAACGGGUCUUUUUUGGAAACGAAUGCCAGACAGGACAUUUAUUUCAAAAGAAGAGAAGGCCACACCGGGUUUUAAAGCUUCCAAUGAUCGCCUGACACUGCUUAUUGGAGGCAAUGCUGCUGGUGAUUUUAAGUUAAAGCCCGUUCUAGUGUACAGCUGUGAAAAUCCCAGAGCUCUCAAGGGUUAUGCAAAACCUAACUUACCUGUGAUUUGGCGCUCGAAUAGGAAAGCUUGGAUGACUGUGACUAUUUUUCAAGACUGGUUUAUCAACUACUUCUGUCCUGCUGUGGAAAAGUACUGUGCCAAACAUCACAUUUGUAACAAAGCAUUGCUCAUUUUAGAUAACGCACCAUGUCACCCGUUGAAUUUAAACGAUCUUUCCAAUAAUGUACGAGUGGAGUACUUGGCCACUGACACAGCAUCCUUAUUACAGCCAAUGGAUCAAGGCGUAAUUGCAAAUUUCAAGAGGUAUUAUUUAAGAAAAACUUUUAAACAAUUGAUUAAUGCAACUGACAGAGAAGGUAAGCCAACAGUUCGAGAAUUUUGGAAAAGCUUUAACAUUAUGAAUGCAAUAGAUAACAUAGCUGAGUCGUGGGAUGAAGUGAAAGUUUCUACGAUGAAUGGUGUCUGGAAAAACAUAUGGCCAGAGUGCAUCAACAACUUCAGUGGCUUUCCACCAGCAGAACCUGCAGAGAAAGUUACCAGAGACAUAGUGGCACUAGCAAACGAGGCUGGGUUUGAAGAAAUCGUCGAGGGAGAUGUGAUUCAUCUGCUGGAUUCACAUAAAGAAGAUUUGUCAGAUGACGAUCUCAUGUUGUUGGAGCAAGAGCGAGCUUCAGAAGAAGUCGAUAUUAUAGAAACACCACCCACCCCUCUUCAACUAAUGACAAACCACCUGUCAGAUGCCUUAUCGUACAUUGAUCAGGUUGUGCAUAUUCUUAGUGCAAACGAUCCAAACCGAGAACGUAGUCUAAAGGUUGGACGAUUACUCCAAGAUGCCAUGAGCUGCUACAGGGAAAUGUACAAGGAAAAAAUGCGCCGCAAACAACAAACAACUCUCGAUGCUUUUCUCGUCUUCAAAUCAGAGCCGCCCUCUCCCUCUACAUAACUCCGCUCCAUCAUGCAACGCUCCACAUCUUCUCUGGCCUAAAUUCUGGAACUCCCUUCCUAGUGGCACUGUGGAUAUAACUCCACCAGAAAGACACCAGCAGUCGAAGAAGGCAGUUCGACACCAGCGGUUUAAGAAGGCAUUUCAACACCACCUCCUCAUAAGUGAGGAAAGGAGCAGUAAUAAUUGAUGGCCUUGCCAGCAACAUCCACAUGCAUCAGUAAAUUAAAAACAAAACAAACUAUGUUGCAGACUGGUUG